AUUCGUGUUUCAUCGAAGUCAGCGCCGACGCGCGUAACACGCCGGCUUUUGCAUUGUCCAGUUCGCCACUGCCGCCACUGCCGGGUAGGUAUAAGAGCUUGGCUGCAGCGGCGACGAACCUCAGCACUCCCUGUGCCCUUGACUCAGUUGCCUACCCGGAUACCUGACCAGUCCUCGCAAUGUCUCACCCCGAAGUCCUUGGUGUCGUUGUUCUCGCCCGCAAUGGCGACCGUACGGAAGCGUACCAGGAUCCCAUCACGUACCAGCCGGGCCCGACGCUGAGCACGCCGCUUGGCGAGGUUCAAUCACAUCAGCUGGGCGUGUACCUGCGUAACCUUUACCUCAACGCGGAGAACCCUUCGCACAUCCGGGGCAUUAGGACCGACCUGAUCGACCUCGCUCAGGUGCACGUCCGUGUCAAGGUAGGCGCAGAGGGCCCCUCGGUCUUCGACUCCGCGACGGCGCUUCUUCAAGGGCUGUUUCCGCCUACUCUUGCGAACAAGGAGUUCCUUGCGAACGAGACGGAGGUGAUCGCUCCUCUCGGUGGUUACCAAUAUGUUCCAGUUGAAACCGUGGAGCCUAGUAAUGACCGCUCUCUAGAAAGCUGGACUGACUGCCCAGCUUUUGAAGAGCACGUCAAAAAGGUGCAUGGCUCCUCUGAGUUCAAGGAGAUGGCAAAGGGCGCGUCUCGCUACUUCAGCGACGUCCGCGAUUUCAUCUUCGGCAGGCCGGCCACCAUGGAGAAUGCGUACAACAUGUGGGACUACAUCUCUACUGAGCUCGUCCACAACCGCACGUAUGCCCACCGUCUGCCCCCGACCUUCGUUGAACAGGCCCGUGGUCUGGCUGACUUCCGCGAGAACCUGGUCUUCUCUGACGCCGACAUGGCUGGCAUUGGAAACAUUGCUGGCCGCGCCGCUCUGAGCAGCAUUGUCGAUGCCCUACAGCGCGUCGCCUUCAAUGGCGACCCGCUGCAGUUCAUGCUCAUUCAGACCACUUACCAGCCGUUCCUCUCGAUCUUCCAUAUGACCGACAUCGUGAAAUCGCACCCCGAGCUGGCCGCCAUCCCGGACUUCGCAUCUGCCUUCGCCAUUGAGUUGCGCCGUGCUCGUGCGCCUGAUGUCCGAGACUUCCUCCGCUUCAAGUUCAAGAACGGCACGUCGGAGGACUUCGAGACUGUCCGCGUCUUCGGUCACGAGGAGGACAUCCCUCUCACCGAGUUCAUCUACCGUCUCGAGAACUCUUUGAUCAGCAGCAACCGCGAGUGGGCUAGGGCAUGCAGCACCGGCUCGACGUGGGCUACUCUGCCUGGCGUGAACGCCCAGAGCAGCCCUGUCCUCGAUGUGUGCUGGGGUGUCAUCAUGGCGUUCAUCAUGAUGCUCGGCUUCUGGUUGGUGUCGAAGGGCGUGAAGAACAUGAGGCGUCGCGGUUACGUGCGCCUUCAAGGAGAGGAGGAAUUGCAUGGCGCGCAAGUGAGCGAGAAGAGCCACAUGAUUCACAGGGGGGCUUGAAUGGUAGUCGGGUGACUUCGCCGUCUUUCUGCUGUCUUCGCUCCAAGGACUCGAGCACAUUUCACUUGUUAUCAACGGCUC